GCCGCAGCGACGACGCUGCGCGCUCAGAGCUAUGCGUCCGGGGUCUCCGGGAGCUCGAGGGUCCCCCACGUUGGGGCUGCUGCUGCUACUGGGACUACCGUGGCCGGUGUGGGGGACGGGGGAGUUUCAAGGAAACACCCUUGGAAAGCCAGUCAUUCUGCACUGGAGCCUAGAUGGACGACCCCAGCGCAUGGUCACCCUGGAGGAACCGGUCCCAAAGCUAGAAGUGAGGCUGGUGGCCUUGGAGGCUGAAGGUCAGGAGCUCCUGCUAGAGCUGGAGAAGAAUCACAGGCUGCUGGCCCCAGGAUACACAGAAACCCACUACAGCCCAGAUGGGCGGCCAGUAGUGCUGUUCCCCAACCACAAGGAUCACUGCCACUACCAUGGGCAUGUGAGGGGCUUCCCGGACUCCUGGGUGGUCCUCAGCAUCUGCUCUGGGAUGAGGGGCCUGAUCACACUCAGCAGCAAUGCCAGCUAUUAUGUGCAUCCCUGGCCAGCUGGGGACUCCAAGGACUUCUUGACCCAUAGGAUCUUCCGGGUGGAGCAGAUGUUCAGCGCGAAAGGAGCCUGUGGCCAUGGGGACCCAAGGGACAAAAGGGACAUGACCGACCUUUCGUGUGCCACCCAGAUCAGGGAGAGGCGGGAGUCCUUCCAAAGUCCGAGGUACCUGGAGCUGUACAUAGUGGCCGACCACACCCUGUUUUUGACUCAGCAUCGGAACUUGAACCACGUCAAGCAGCGUCUUCUGGAGGUGGCCAAUUAUGUGGAUCAGAUUCUCAGGACUUUGGACAUUCAGGUGGUGCUGACUGGCCUGGAAGUGUGGACCGAGCAGGACCAGAGCCGCGUCACGCCAGACGCGAAUGCCACGCUCUGGGCCUUCCUGCAGUGGCGCCGGGGGCUGUGGGCGCGGCGGCCACAUGACUCCGCUCAGCUGCUCACGGGCCAAGCUUUCCGCGGCGCCACAGUGGGCCUGGCGCCCGUCGAGGGCAUGUGCCUCGCGGAGAGCUCUGGAGGCGUGACCACCGACCACUCGGAAUUCUCCAUGGGUGCUGCGGCCACCAUGGCCCACGAGAUAGGCCACAGCCUCGGCCUCAGCCACGACCCCCACGGCUGCUGCGCGGAGGCAGCGGUGGAGCAGGGCGGCUGCGUGAUGGCGGCGGCUACUGGGCACCCGUUCCCGCGCGUGUUUAGCGCUUGCAGCCGCCGCCAGCUGCGCGCCUUCUUCCGAAAGGGAGGGGGCGCUUGCCUCUCCAACGCGCCGGACUCCGGGCUCCUGGUGCCGCAGGCGCGCUGCGGGAACGGCUUUGUAGAAAAGGGCGAGGAGUGCGAUUGCGGCGCCGGCCAGGAGUGCCCCGGCUCCUGCUGCCUUGCCCACAACUGCUCGCUGCGUGCGGGGGCCCAGUGCACCCACGGCGGCUGCUGCGCACACUGCCUGCUGAAGCCGGCGGGCACGCCAUGCCGCCCGGCUGCGGGCGACUGUGACCUCCCUGAAUUCUGCACCGGAGCCUCCCCUUAUUGCCCGCCGGACGUUUACCUACUGGACGGCUCGCCCUGCGCCAGAGGCCGCGGCUACUGCCGGGACGGCGCGUGUCCCACGCUGGAGCAGCAGUGCCAGCAGCUCUGGGGGCCUGGCUCGCGUCCAGCCCCGGAGGCUUGCUUCCAGGUCGUGAACUCCGCGGGAGACGCCCAGGGGAACUGCGGCCAGCAGGGAGACGGCAGCUUCGUACCCUGUGCGCAGAGGGAUGCGCAGUGUGGGAAACUGCAGUGCCAGGGCGGGGAGCAGAGCGCACUGGUGCCACACGCGGUUCCGGUGGACUCCACCGUACACCUGGGCAGCCGCGAGGUGACUUGCAGGGGAGCUUCCGUGCAGCCCGGAGCCCAGCUAGACCUGCCUGACUUGGGCCUGGUAGAGGCAGGCACCCAGUGUGGACCUAGAAUGGUGUGCCAGGAAAGGCGCUGCCAGAACACUACCUUCCAAGAGCUGGAGCUCUGCCUGAUGACCUGCCACGGCCGUGGGGUUUGCAAUAGUAACCGUAAUUGCCACUGUGCUCCAGGCUGGGCUCCGCCUUCCUGUGACAAGCCAGGGUUGGGCGGUAGUGUGGACAGUGGUCCUGUGCGCCCUCAAAACCGGGACACCUUCACGCUGGCAGUGAUCCUUAGCUCUGUGCUCCCUCUGCUCCCCGGGGCUGGCCUGGCCUGGUGCUGCUGCCGGCAGCCAGGACUCUGUCUCCAACAACGCUUCUGGGGCUCAAGGAGGGACCUCAUGUGCAGGGGAUCCAAAGAUGGCCCACGCAGAGGCCACCUUCUGGGCAGCAUCCACCCAAUGGAGUUGGGCCUGACAGCCCCUCGAGAGCCCCAGCCCUUGGACCUUGAGAACUCUGCUAGAACCCAAGAGCCACCUUGAGAAGCCGGUUCCUCAUAGCCCUGCUUGUACCCCUAAGCAGGUAGAGUCCAAAAGCCAAGAUCCUGUCUCUGGUGAAGUGACUCCUGACAUGAGAAGACUUAAGGACAGGUGGCUACUGACUGCCACUCCAAGGAACUCGGACCCUCAGGGGAACAGCCAGCAACUCAGCUGACUUCUUGCACCUUCAGGCAGCUUCAAAAUUUCUUCCCUGAAUUACUGCCAUACCACCUACUCCAAGACCCUGGAACCUCAUCAGAAUUUGCACAGUGCUGUCCCCAGUCCUCAGGGCUGUGGGAUCCUCUUAGAGUACACCUUCCAGCAUAAGCAAGAAUCCAUCCAUCCAGGAGUGAAGGCCAUGUAGUCACUGACCUCCUGUCACUAGGGGGCGCUGGGUCAGGCUGGGCACCCAGAGAGGCUUCUGUCCCAGGAGUCUGGUGUUGGUGUGCAGUCCCCGUCGCCUCUGACUCUUUGCAACCCCAUGGACUGCAGCACCCUUGGCCUCCCUGUCCCUCACCACCUCCUGGAGUUUGCC